CUGCUAUGCCAAUUGAUUGGAUGGCCAAUCUACGGAAUGCCACCGAUGUCAGGCGAAAUCAUAGCGUACGAUCUGCCCCCGAUAGCAAAGCGAACUAUCCUUGGAUAGACGAUGCCACAUGCCGCCAUUUUAGCGUCCAGUUUGCAAAGAACAAAUCGUUUCCUAAAUGGGCCUUGACGUCUUUCCCCGGAAGUGGAGUGACCUGGACGCGACAGUUGAUCGAGGGCGUAACUGGGAUCUACACUGGAACAGUUUACGGGACCAUUGAACCUCCAAUCAUCGAUGGGGAUCACCAUGGCAACGAAGCUGAACGCGAGUGCGGUUGCACGAUUCUUAUCAAAGAUCACGGCUACCCGGAGUCGCACGCUUAUAUGGGGACCAACAGACCGUACGAGAACAGAGGGAUCCUGAUCCUUCGCAAUCCGUUUGACGCUUUAUUUACAUACGGCCAUUACUUGUGGAGUGGCAACGAUCAAACGGGCACGGCCUCACCCAAUGUCUUCAACGGCACAAAUUGGGACGAUCACGUCAGUUACGUAGCAGACGAAUGGGCGGAGCAUGCGGAUCGAUGGAUUCAAUACAUUCAAGAAGGGACGGUCAUUUUCUACGAACGGCUUCUGCAAGACACUGAAAACGAAUUGAGACGUUUAUUAAAAGCCAUUCAUUUCGUUGAUGCCAAUCAUCCACCUGUCGAUCCGGAGCGGAUGCGUUGCACGCUGCAACACAAGGACCGUGUGGAUCGUAAACGUUCCAACAAACCCAAGGUUUCACUUCGAUCGAUGGAUCAUUCCAAAUUCAUGUCUUCCAUUGAACGGGUGCAAGCAAGCCUCAGUAAGAAAGGAUGGCCGUUGCUUCCGCUUCACCUGUACGAUUUACAUACACCUGUGGAUGCAUUGCGUGUGUCCGAAUAAACUCCCUUUGAUUUGUGACUUAA